AUGGCUUAUGACCGCUACAUGGCAAUAUGCCAGCCUUUGCACUAUGCAACCAUCAUGAACCACAGGACAUGUAUGUGCUCUGCCAUUGCUAUAUGGAUAGGUGGUUUUGUCUACUCAAUGUUACAUAUAUUCUUUAUAGCCAGGCUACCUUUCUGUGGUCCCAAUGAAAUCAAUCACUUCCUCUGUGAGAUCCCUCCUUUGAUCAAAUUGGCCUGCAUGGACACCUAUUUUAAUGAGGUGUUGGUUUUUCUGCUCAGUGCAGCAGUAGGUGGAAGUUGCUUCCUGCUGAUUUCCACAUCAUACGCUUACAUACUAUCCACCAUCAUGAAAAUCCGCUCAGCCCAGGGCAGACACAAAACCUUCUCAACUUGUGCUUCCCACCUUCUCACCGUCCUGCUGUUCUAUGGCCCGGGUUUCUUCACCCACCUCCACCCCUCCUCCAGCUACUCCAUGGACAUUGGAAAAGUGGUCUCUGUGUUUUAUACUGUGGUCACACCCAUGCUGAACCCAAUGAGCUACAGCCUCAGGAACAAGGAUGUGCAAGCCUCUUUCAAGAAAGCCAUGGGAAGGAGCAGGAAAUAG